UUCACUUUGUUUAUAUUUCAUACUCAAAUUGUCUGCUUUGCCGGGUAAGGAAGAGGGAGUGGAGAGAAAAGAAGUCCCCGGAUUUGGGAGAGAAAGAAGUACAUCAGAAAGCCUCACAGCUCAAUUUAGAAACAAGAGUUGGAACCCUUACCAAGUUCUCAUCAAAGCAGCUUUUUACUAGCUCUGAAAGAUCUCUUCUGAUUUUCUAGUCAAGAAAUUCCAGCCCAUUUCUUCUCUUUACUUGUGGGCAACAGAAUAUCUGGGACAUGGCUCCGGAGAUCCACAUGCCAGACCCUGUGUGUCUCAUUGAGAAUACCGAAGAGAAACUGGAGGUUAACCCAGAAGCUUUUGAGAUCCUGUCUGGCAUCACGCAGCCCAUGGUGGUGGUGGCUAUCGUGGGCCUCUACCGCACGGGCAAAUCCUACCUGAUGAACAAGCUGGCUGGGAAGAGCAAGGGCUUCUCUAUUGGGUCCACGGUGCAGUCCCACACCAAGGGCAUCUGGAUGUGGUGUGUGCCGCACCCUCAGAAACCAGACCACACCCUAGUUCUGCUGGACACAGAGGGCCUGGGAGAUGUGGAGAAGGUUGACAAGACCGAUAUGCAGAUCUUUGCACUGGCAAUCCUCCUGAGCAGCACUGUCAUAUACAAUACCAUGAACAAAAUUGACCAGGAAGCUAUCGACCUCCUGCACAAUGUAACAGAACUGACAGAUCUGCUCUGGGCAAGAAGCUCGCCUGACCUUGUUGGAGCUGAAGAUGCUGUUGACUUUGCCAGUUUCUUUCCAGAAUUAGUGUGGACUCUAAGAGACUUUUACUUAGACCUGGAAAUAGAUGGGCAACUUAUCACAGCAGACGAAUACCUGGAGAAUUCACUAAGGCUAAAGGAAGGUAGCGAUCAAACAAUUCAGAAGUUCAAUUUGCCCCGUCUAUGCAUACAGAAGUUCUUUCCAAUAAAGAAAUGCUUUAUCUUUGACUUACCUACUCAGCAAAAGAAACUUGCCCAUCUUGAGACACUGCAUGAUGAUGAACUAGAUUCUGAAUUUGUGCAACAGGUGGCAGAAUUCUGUUCCUACAUCUUCAGUUGUUCUAUGAUUAAGACUCUUCCCGGAGGGAUUAAGGUCAAUGGGUCUUGUCUAAAGAACCUGGUGAUAAUCUAUGUCAAUGCCAUCAAUAGUGGGAAUCUUCCCAGCAUGGAGAACACAGUCCUGACCUUGGCCCAGAUAGAGAAUUCAGCUGCAGUGCAAAAGGCCAUGGCCUAUUAUGACCAGGAGAUGGGCCAGAAGGCGCAGCUGCCUAUGGAGACCCUUCAGGAACUGCUGGACCUACACAAGGCCACUGAGAAAAAAGCCAUUGAAAUUUUUAUGAAAAACUCUUUCAACGAUGUGGACCAAAAGUUCCAGAAGGAAUUAGAGAUCCUACUGGAUGCAAAGCAUGAAGACAUUUGUAAACAGAACUUAGAGGCAUCAUGGGAUCGUUGCUGGACUUUGCUUCAAGAUAUUUUUGGUUCUCUAGAAGAAGCAGUGAAGCUGGGGAUUUAUUCUAAGCCAGGAGGCCAUAGUCUCUACAUUCAGAAGACAGAAGAGCUGAAGGCAAAGUACCAUCAGGAGCCUAGGAAAGGAAUACAGGCUGAGAAAGCUCUGCAGGAGUAUUUAAAAUCCAAGGAGUCUGUGAGUGAUGCUAUUCUACGGACAGACCAGGCUCUCACAGAAAAGGAAAAGAAAAUGGCAGAGGAACGUGAGAGAGCCCUGGCUGCGCAGGCUGAAGCCCAAAGGUUGGAGGCUGUUCAAAGGGAAAACCAGCGAAUGAUGGAGGAGAGGGAGAGACUGCAGCAGGAACAAGUGAGACAAAUGCAGAUAGCCCAUGAAAAGUCACUGGCAGAGCAAAAGAGGAUGAAGGAAAUUGAGAUGCAGAGGAAGGCUCAAAAGCUCAAAGAAGAACUGGAAGCUGAACAAAGAAGACUUCAAAAUCAGAUCCAGGUUCUCCAGAGUGCUGCUAACCGACCAAACGAUCCAUGUAUCUUACUCUAAAGUACUAAACAUCGGAGCUUCCUUUCUUCUCUAAAGACACAAAGGAACAAGAAAUUAUAGACCUUGAAAUUAUAGAACAAGUACUAAACAUCAGAACUUCCUUUCUUACUCUUUUCUCUAAAGACACAAAGGAACAAUCACAUUUCAAUAAACUUCAUAAUUAUGACAUCAACCCUUUA